UUGAUCAUCACGCGCUAUAUGCAUGCGAAACAUGUACAUGUACUUCAAGUCUUCACGGAGGCCUACAUGUGCACUGCAGUUGGUCGUGCCGUCAUGAAAGUUUUACGUGGACAUCCGGAGUUCAUCAUUUUUCUUGAUAUGCAGUAGAUACAUGGAUAUGAUUUUCUUUUACCAGCUGUCUUUUACAGGGAGUAACGAACUCAAAAGUGUUCCAUCAUCUUGAUCGUCAUCACCACCAUCACCAUCUUGCACUGAAGCGCAAAGAAAAGUUCAGAGCACGAAAUGGAGGCGUGGGUCAUCGUUUCAGUUGCAGUACUUGUCUACGUCAUCGCUGUGAAGUUUCUUGGCCUGACCGAGAAGACAGAACCACCAAGCCUCCUCCAUGCAAACUCCAAAUUUGUGCAUCGUAUUCUUCAAGCUUGCCCAAUAUUAACAGAGCCGUACGUGCCUACAUUCUUGUGGGGUAGGUCCGGUCACCUACAGACAACAAUCUAUGCAAAGAUUGGCAGGUUCAGCGCACCAUGGCCAACUGGAGAGCGUUGUACCCACGUCAUGCCAGAUGGUGCCACGUUUACGUUUGAUAUAUUUGAGCCAACAGCAAGCCACUCAACUGGAGGUGACUUCACCAUGUGCGUAGUACCAGGGAUAGCCAAUAAUAGCGAGAAGGCAUACGUCAGAACCUUCAUCGCUUUUGCCCAAUCGCAAGGGUUCCGUUUAGCUGUCCUCAACCACCUUGGUUCCCUACCGACAGUGCCUCUUACAUCUCCAAGAAUUUUCACUUAUGGUGACACCGAUGAAUACAGCGUGCUUGUGGAUCAUGUCAGGGAGAGAUUCCCCAGCAGUCAUUUAAUCAGCAUUGGGUUUAGUAUGGGAGCUAACAUUAUCGUCAAGUAUCUUGGCGAGAGACCCAAACGGCAGGAUUGGUUCCUGUGUGGGCUGUCUAUCUGUCAAGGCUAUGACAUCACAAAGGCAACCUAUGUACUACACGAAUGGGAAAACUGCCGUCGUCUGUACAACUUCAUGAUGGCGCAGAACAUGCUGUCUGAAAUACGGCGCAACAGCGGCAUGUUGUUUGGCGAGCAGGCCAAGGCCUACUGGCGCGACCGUGAGUCAGACCCGAUCGCUUAUAACAUUGACCAGAUCAUGAACUCCACUAGCCUGGUUCACUUAGACGAACAUUUGACACACAAAAUGGUGCGCAGCAACAGCUGUGAAGAUUUCUACAAGGAAUGCAGCAGUUCUGUUCAUAUUGACAAGGUUCACAUUCCUUUGUUGCUCCUGAACGCAGCGGAUGACCAUCUUAUCCCAGUCAGGCAUAACGACACACCGGUACGCUAUGCCCAACGAGCACCUAACGCCAUCUACUGUCUGACCAAACACGGCGGUCACCUGGGGUUCUUUGAAGGGGGGUUCUUGGUACCCAACACUGUGUCUUGGAUGGAUAAGGCUGUCGUUGGCUACACAAAUGCUAUCAUUGAACUGAAAGAGGUCUGUUUGGAAACAUAACAGUUUGUGUAAAGUCUUGAAAAAUGCCCUAGACAGGAUGGACUACCUCACAAGCCAAGUAAUUCAUGUAAAUCUCUCUCAUGAGACGCCCUCUUUGUAAGAAAAUCACAACCGCGUAUUCAACACAAUCAGGUGUGCAUUGGCACAGUGUGCAAAUGUUUUAUACAUGUACGCAUGUUGAUCCAAAUAGCCGAUGUGCAUUAUGAAAAUUUAAAAUUCCAAACUACAGAUGCGCGUGGCAAUUUGUAGGAAGUGACGUCUUUAGAGAGAGACCUAUUACAAGUCUGACCAUAAAGGAAUUAAUGAUGGCAAACGUGCGUCUUGGCCUGCAGGUAUUAUUUGAUUGCGCAUGUAAUUGUAUCCAUUAUUGGGUUGUCUUUUGAAAUCAAAACCAAUCCAUGAAUAUAGAGGCUUCCUUUCAGAUGGUGAAAGAGAAUUGCUAGAACUUCUUGAUUAAAAAAUCUCAAACAUUACCAGCAAGAAAUAGGUACAAACACAGAGAAACGUAUUUGAAAUGGACGACAUGAAUCGUAAAGAUGGCGUGGUGAAAAACAUUCAUCAAGACGAACGGUUUGCUUCUUUAUUGAUGAUUAAACCUUUGCAUAAGAAAAUUGGCUGUCCAACAUUAAUCAAAGCUAUAAUCAAAAGGAAACAGUCAAUCUGUUGCAGAAAUUACCCAAAAUUUGCAGGCCUAACUCUUCCAUAGUUCAUGAGAAUAGCUUGUGAUAGAAUGGAAAAUUAGACUCAUGAGAACUUGACUUCAGCUGUGUGAGAAAGUGAUAUACCUGUCAUCUUCACUUGAAUUAGGUUCAGAAGGGAAAGAAUGAAAUAACUGGAUCUACAUUUUGAAAGUUUUGUCUUUCAUGAAAUAUUUUUGGUUUAUCAAACCCUUUUGAUUGAUUGUUCUACACUCACUAUGUAAAAAAUGAAUCUUUACAUUUUAACUACUGUAGAAGUGUUUUAAAAUGUGAAAUUUAUUUAUUGCAUGCAUGCAGCAUGUAAACAUGUCAUUCAGGGAAUUCACAAUACUGGUGUGGCAAAUAGAUUUUUUUUUAUCAAGAGUGCCACCUUUUGGAUUCCAUACUCUUGUUCCAUCCAUCCAUUAUUUUAUUAUGUGCAGUAUAAUGCAAAUACACAUACAAUUUACAUUAUCAGAUGUCUUGCAGUUUGAAAACUACCGUUAUCUACAGAAAUUGUUAAUUUUAAGCACUCAGGUUAAUAAAAUUCUGUGAACGGUGUCCAGGCGUUGCUGUCUGGCAGUGUCUACAGAUGGGUGUCAGCAUUUUUCACAGCACAGAUAAAGCAGCCUUUACAGUGCACUUGAAUUUUUCUGCAAUGUGAAAUGCUGACAUGGCAUCAUUUUAAAAGAUAGUCCUUUGCUUUGUUAAAUACAUGUAAUUUAUAAAUUAUAUAAGUGCAGCCAAUGUACUUUUGUACACACUGCAAGAAAGUCCAAGUUUUAAUAAGAUCUAUUACAUGUAUGCGUAAAACAUUGAAAAAAAUGGAAGCUUUUGGUUUGAUUUAACUACCUGUAACUAGACUGGUUUAAAGGACAGGGCUUUGUGCACAGCUGUGUUGACAGUCAAUUUGGAGGGGUAGUGCGUUACACGUUACACAGGGCGCUUCAAAUACUGUACCCUGGUUGUACCAAUGCUUGGGGAGCCCUGCCAUACCCAAUUCAUUAGAAACUCCUUGUUCCUGGGUGUCUCUUUACACCACUGUGCAGUCACAACAAACCACGUUGCAGAAGAGUGAUUUCUGUACAUUUCUUAAUAUGAGAAGUGAACUUUUAGUUCAAAGUAAAUUUAGUUUUGAGGAAUUUACUGGUACCUGGCAGCUCUACUGGUAAAUUGCUCCGAAGAAAUUAUCUGUAAACUUUCCAAUUGUAGCUAACGUAAUACCUUUUAUUCCCUUGAAGUUAACGGUGCCGCCUCCACAUGUACUCAUUUCCCUACCUCAUAAAUUCUCAACAAAACUCUUCUCCCUGUGUAGUCCUGCACCAGCAAAGAAGAGACAGCUUGGUGGGAAGAUUUUUAACUGGGCUCAUGCAUGGUCUAGGUGUACACCCAUCGACAGUCAUGGGCCAGUUGAGUAUUCCUGCCCCAAAUGAAGUGCAUCAUUCGGGAACAGUAAUAUGCAUGCAUGUGGUUAGCCUAAAUCAGCAGGUCCGUGUGCCAACUCAAACCAGUGUUGUAGGUCUCGAGACCCGUCUCGAGCCCUACAACACUGGUGUUUUUUCCUGGUCUCGGUCUUGGACUUCCAGGUCUCGACUAUAACACUGACUCACACACACUGAACAUGUUUGUGGUAGCGUGACAUCAGGCACCUUGCAUGAGAUGACCUUGCUUAUUUGAAAAAGUGAACUUGCUCACUGUUAGGUGAUGUGCUCAUGGCACCGGUAGAUACAAUCAUUGUAUUGGUUGAAUAUACAUUUAUUGAUGUUGCGAGCACUUUAGAUCAUGAUGCUAAAUCAAGAAUGGGCAUGUAAUCCAUCAGUCAAUGACUUCUAACACAAACAUUGCUUUUUGCUGAUCUAUAUGCUCUGGGCUUUCCAAAAAAAGAGAAAAGAACUCGCUGAGAUGUGAGUUGGACCAAAGACUGCUCAAGACUCAACCUGACUAAGUAUCGAUCACAUAGUACUCCCCCAGUAAUGGUAACAACCACUGUUGAAAUUUCAUCAAAAAGUCAGAAAGCUGGUUUUUUUGAAACUACGUAUAUGUGUGUGUGAUCAUCAUGAAGGUUUCUUUGACGUGUAAGGCACAGCUGUAAUACCUGUUUUUAAUGAAGCUAUAGUUUAUAACUUUAUAUCCUAAGCAUGCUACCUGACCACAUUGACAAAUGCACAAGGGUGUAGGUUUGAGCCACAGUACAAGAGAGGGGGCCGAUGAUAAAGUCAGUGAAGUUACAUGUGAGCAAUAAUUAUUGAUGGUGUUUGAUACAACUAUCUAGAAGGGAUGAUUGUUUGGCCCAUAGUCCCUGGUCAAGAAGUGUCCAUGUACAUGUGCAUGUAUAUUCAAAUCGAGGGUCAUUGAUUGAGACAAGUGGGUCCAUAGGUGGGUCACAGUCUCAAUCCUUUAAGAGCCAAUCAAAAAGGAGCAGAAUAGAAGGUCCAUGAUUGCUGGUAUUUUUACACAUUAGCGAAUGUGCACUAACCUUACAGACCUAGUGUGGACUUGUUAACAAAAGAUAUCCACGCGAUGCAGGAAUGGAAGGCAUUCAGUGGACUUACACAUGUCCACAGGACGUUUCCCCUUCUCUGAAAAAGAAGUUUAGAGAAAUUUUUGGGUUGGGCUCAUCAUCGUAAAAGGAAGAGGAAUAGUCAAGGAAACCUUGUACAAAAAGCCAGCUGAAAAUUGUGUUCCCAGUUCAAGAAAAG